AUGGCUAACGAGGCGGAGGCAUUCGCUUCACAUGAAAGUAUUUGGGAAUCUAACUGGGGCGAAACCUGCGGCUUCUUCACGGACACCACGUCACUGAGUUCCAUGCAAUUUACGCACUGUGGACCUGGACGCAUCAUCCACAGGUAUGCUGGGUCUACUCCAGAAACCUUGCAGGUUUUGUCCAUCAAGCUCAUUGAAAUAGCUGGGGGUCUCGCGUGGCCAUUGUCUGUGUAUGGUGUGAUUGCUGUUAGGGACAUCGCUGAUCAUAACCGUAACCUUCUCUUCUCUUGCACUAGUAGGGAGGCCCAAGAACUCAAACAAGAGGAUUCUUCUUUGCGCUUAAUUGGGCCACCACGUGCAAUUGUGUUUACAGACAUAGUUAACAUUGAAAUCCAACUGAAAGUGAAAGGUCCAACAAAAUCUCAAGAUAAAGCAUUGAUCAGCCGUGCCUGCGAUUAUGGUGGAGGAAGUGUUGGUGUAUCUACCAUUCACAUUGAUAAUUGUUUAUGUAAACUGGAGUUAUGCUUGCAGCGGGUCCAUGAAACGGUCCAGGCUACCAUCUUGAGUGUCCAAGUUGUCAACUCUGGUUCAUGGCCGUUUGAAUAUGGUGGCCGAGUUAUUUGCUCCUCAGCUUCACGGGAAACGGUGGUCAUUGAUAGUGGAGUCACUCGUGCUAUUAAUCCCUCAUCUAGCCAAAUGGUACUGCUUGAAUCAAAAGAUGGAGCGAUGCUGAAAGGUCCCGAUGGUCACAUAUACCUGCCGAGGCAAGUUGUUUGUGUAGAAAUUGAUGGAGUGUUGGACAUUGCCAUAGAAGCCUACUCAAAAUCUGGUGAUAUCGGUGCACAGGGUCGUAUCUGUUUCGCGCCCCGAUUUCGCAACAUAAGCCAGGAUAAAUUUACCAUUGCUGACGUCGAGGUGAUGAUUACUAUUGCUUGGUCCCUUGUCCCUACCAGCAAAAGGGAAAUUGUGAGACACCGAGGAUUUGUCUAA